AUGUUUUCUUCAUUAGAUGGCGCCGCAGCGGGAAAAUCGCCAGGAGUAAAAAGUCUGAGCGCUCAUUUUGGCGGCGUUUUCAAAAAAUCAAGACCGAGGCCUGAAAAGACACCUACGGUAUCGGGGAGUAAGGAUAAACCGGAUGCGCCCGUGGGGAACAGCAUACAGGCUGAAAUCCCAAAAGAGCCUGAAAAGUCAUCCAAGAAGAGCCCAAAACUCAGCUCAAGAAAAGCAAAGGACUAUUCUUCGGACGACUCAAAGGGAAAGAAAUCGGAGCGAAAGGAGCGCAAGAAAAAGUCAAAAAAGUCGUCGAACUCCUCCACCUCUUCCUCAAUACCGGAAAAGCCAUCACCCGCAACCCCCGCCGUUAUCGAAAAUGCCGACUCAUCAAUCACAAGAACCAUCGACAUUACACCUCAAUCAUCAGCCCCAAGCAAGCCGCCUGUUCAAAACUCAACAAAACCAUCCCCACCUGCUAUUCCAGCGCGUACUCCACCGACGCCAGCGCCAGUUCCAGUUGAAGCACCGAUUUUGCCGAAGCCGGAAGAGUCGCCAAUGGGCGAUAUAAUAAAAAGAAUGAACUCGAUAACGGAAAAUCCGAUUCAACGGGUUCCUUCCGCGGGCGCGCCGGUUGUUCGAGAGGCUACAGGACUCCCCGAGAAACCAGUCAAGCCAGGCUUUGCCAACCUCCCAAAUCAGCUGUACCGAAAGUCCGUCAAAGAUGGAUUCGAGUUUUCGCUGAUGGUCGUUGGCGAAUCCGGUCUCGGCAAAUCGACGCUCAUCAACUCGCUCUUCCUCACCGACGUUUACUCUGAAGAGUAUCCCGGUCCAUCGCAACGAGUAAAGAAGACCCUAGAAGUGCAGAAAACAGCCUUGAGUCUCACGGAAAAUGGAAUCAAGCUCAACCUGACAGUCGUAGACACCCCUGGUUUUGGUGAUAAUGUUAAUAACGAUAAAUGCUGGGAGCCGAUCCAGAGCUACAUCGACUACCAAUACGAAAAUUAUUUAAACCAGGAGUCUCGCGUCAACCGACCUGUUCAUAUUCACGAUACACGAGUUCAUGUUUGUCUCUACUUCAUCGCUCCAAGUGGUCAUGGUCUCAAGCCUUUGGAUAUUGAGUUUAUGCGACGUCUUCACGAAAAGGUCAACAUCGUUCCUCUAAUCGCCAAAGCCGACACAAUGACCCCCGACGAAUGUCACGAUUUCAAGAAAGAAAUCCUUCGAGAGAUCCAGAUGCACAACAUCAACAUUUACGAAUUCCCCGAUGUCAGCGACGAGGAGGAAAACAGACUGCAAAAGAAGCUCAAACAGCGGGUUCCAUUCGCAGUUAUCGGAUCGAAUGUUGUUCUCCAAAUCAAUGACAGGCGCAUCCGAGCUCGUCAGUACCCAUGGGGAAUCGCGGAGGUAGAGAACGAGGAGCACUGUGACUUCAAGAUAUUGCGCGAUAUGCUAAUCCGAACCCACAUGCAGGAUCUUGUGGAUGUAACUUCAAGCGUGCACUACGAAAACUUCCGAGCAAAGAAACUCGCAGGAGUCAUGCCAAAGAAUCCAUCCGCGAAGAGUCCGAUCGAACAAAUGAACGAGGAAAAACGUGAGCAUCGCUUGAAGAUGAAAAAGAUGGAGAAGGAAAUGGAAACCGUUUUCGACACCAAGGUCAACGAGAAGCGAAACAAGCUGAAACAAUCCGAGCAGGAGCUGAUGCGCAAGCACGAACAACAAAAGAAAAAGUACGAGACCGAUCUGGCAGAGCUCGAACAGCGGCGACGAGAGUUCGAACGGGAACGAGACGAGUGGGAAGAGCGACAGAAGACUAUUCCGUCUAGCAAAAAACCGAAAGACAAAACAAAAUGGUUCUAA